UAAACGUGUCGCCACGCAAAUCGUCACUCGUGCUAUUUAAUUAUUCAUCGUAGCGUGACAGUGCGACAGCGAGUUUCGAUCAAGGAACAAUAAUGCCUGGAUUCAAAUGGGUCAGAUGGUCGUCCAGAUACGUCGAUCGUAAUAUGAUGAUCUCCAUCGGUAGGGACCUGGACGGCAUGAAUCUCGUCGUAGGUCGAGCCAUGCACCAGGGUGACAUGUUGCCGGCAAAAGUGAAGCCGGAUCAUGGAGUUGCCUACGUGUGCUACGGAGGUGCCGAGCACAUGAAACAUGACUUUGAGGUAUUGAUGCCUGUCCAUUUCGAUUGGAUCCUAACAGGUCAUGGUCAUGUACCGGAUCACGCGGUAGAGGCCGGGAGGACAAUGAAUGGGGAAAUACUGUACGUCGGCCGUGUUUAUCACAAUGGUGCACCUUGCGUAGGAAAGAUCCAGAGAAGUCACGGUGUUUUGUACAUUCCGUUCGAUGGGAAGGAAAUAUCAUACAAGGAGUAUGAAGUCUUAAUACAAUGUUAAAUCUUAUCUACAAUCGUUUGUUUGAAGAAACACUUUCACUUGGAAUUGUCGUGAUUGAUAAAUAACGAUUUAUAA